UGUCAGUAUACCCUUCUCAUCCUCCUCACAAUACAUCGUUCUCUGGUUCACAUCUUCACGCGCCAGCAAGAGUGCAAGACGAUAGACCCAGCGCAGCGCAACAAUACAGAGGAGAGGAUAUCUAAUCUAACGGAUAACAGCUCAAUUUGGCGCACAAUUCUUCCUUCACCUCUCCUUCUUACACUCUCCACUGAACAUGGCGGCGGCCACAGCAGCAGUCGGGACUCAUCUCUCACCGUCUCUCUCCCUCUCUGUUCGCGAUGCUUGUCCUGUCAGCUCGCAAGUGACCCUUUCCGUUUCUCGGCUACCCAAUUCCAGAUUUGGACGAAUUGGCACCACUUUCGCCACUGGGUCACCUCUAUUGGUAUCUAGAACUGGACUUGUGAAGAGGCGGUCUGCAAGAAAAGCAGCAUUAGUUUCUGUAAGAAGCGAGCAAAGCACCCAGGAUAGCGGUUUGGAUGUAUGGCUAGGACGGCUUGCAAUGAUAGGCUUUGCUGUGGCCAUCACGGCUGAAAUUUCGACAGGGAAAGGCCUCCUUGAGAAUUUCGGGCUCUCGAGCCCCGUGCCUACAGCUGCCCUGGCAGUGACAGGAUUGGUUGGUGUUCUCACAGCAGUGUUCAUCUUCCAAUCCUCAUCCAAAAGUUAAGACCCCGAUUUGGCUGGACGAACAUCAGUGUUUAGUAAACUGUAAUUUUUGUAACAGCUGCUCCAGAGAUGCUCCAAGAAAAGUGGAGAAUGUAUGCUGUCUAAAGAUUCUGUACCCCUCUUAAAUCUUUCUGUUGCAUAUCUUACUCAUCUUGGUACUGCUUUAAUUGAUUCCUCUGAAGCAUUUGAUGCUUCUUUCUAUGGCUUCCUUACUAAAGAAUGAACUAUGAAGCCUUGUUAACAGCCUGUUUGGUAACUUUGGUUACCUACUGACAUCUGUAUCUGAUGCAAAGGAUUGUCGGUUAGGAUGCUCUGGGUCUAGACAACAUUUGUUGAUUAAAUGACAUUUGAUUCU